GAUGUUGAUCUGAAAAUAGAGAAAUGGACUGUGGAGGAAGCCUGUCACUUGCCUCAUAUUUGCAUAGCGGCCGUGAAAUAUAUAACAGUUCAAUUCCAUUGAGUUAUUCUAUACAGUGAGUGUUGAGUGAAGGAGGCAUACCUCACUGUAUUUUCUUUUGGCCACAUUUGAAAGAUGUUGCGUAUUUCUCUAUUUCUGCUCUUUGCUUUCAAUGCAGCUCUGAGCAUAAGAAUCUGCUCCUUCAAUGUGAGGUCAUUUGGAGAAGCUAAAAGAACAAGACCAGAAAUCAUGGAUGUCAUUGUAGAGAUUAUUUCUCGCUGCGACAUCAUGCUACUGAUGGAAAUAAAGGAUAACAGAAACAGAUUAUGUCCCUUUCUGUUGGAGAAACUAAAUGGACAUUCGCAAGAACAAUACCGUUAUGUGGCCAGUGGAAGACUAGGGAGAAAGAGCUAUAAAGAGCAAUAUGCUUUUUUCUACAGGCCACAAAUGGUGUCUGUGAAACAAACCUAUCAGUAUCCAGAUCUGCAACCUGGCAAUGAAGACGCACUUUCCAGGGAGCCUUUUGUUGUUUGGUUCUCUUCUCCAAACACUGUGGCCCGGGAAUUUGUGAUCAUCCCACUGCACACAACACCUGAAAUGGCUGUGCAGGAAAUUGAUGAGCUUUAUGAUGUUUACCUGGAUAUAAAACAGCAGUGGGUGUCUGAGAAUUUCAUCUUCUUGGGAGACUUUAAUGCUGGCUGUGGCUAUGUUGCAAGGAAGCACUGGAAGGACAUCAGGCUCAGAAAUCACAAUGAAUUUAUCUGGCUGAUUGAUGACCAAACUGACACAACUGUGAAGGCAAGCACCCACUGCCCCUAUGACAGGAUUGUGCUCCAUGGAGAUAAGCUCAUAAACGCUGCCGUGCCAAACUCAGCAAAUAUCUUUGAUUUCCAGAGUGUCUUUGCAAUGACUGAAGCACAGGCUUUAGCUGUAAGUGAUCACUUCCCAGUAGAGUUCCAGCUGAGGACCACCAGAUCCUCCCCAAGAAGGAAGGCAAGGAAUUCAAGGCAUCACAGAAAUCAUAGAUAUCGUAAUGCACAACAUGUCCAGUAGACAACCAAUCUACAAAGAGAAAAAUCUUAAAAUAUAUAUUCCCAGGAAAAGAGCAAGAUUCAUAUUUUUAAAAAUUAAUGUUCAUCUCCUUCAUCAUGAGAUGCUCCUCAAAAAGCAAAAUGAAAUAUUUGUGUUGUUCAAAAUUAGCUUAAAUAAAAUAAAGAAAUUAAAAUAAACUUUGCUAAAAACUAAAACGCAGUGAGACAGUCUGAAUGCCUUCAUAGUACAUACAUCAAUUCUGAGUUCUUCGUUUAUUGUUCAUUUAGCUCUUUCAGCCAAAAUAAAAGUUAACUGCCAAGAACUAAGAACAGGUAUGUACAAAUGUGACAGCGCGAGUGGCGCCACCUAUGUAUAGAACUGUUAGUUGUAAGAUUUAAACUGUUGUAUCAUGCUUAAUCCUGCCCCUUUUUACCCUGCUUAUGUAUAGUUGUAUGGAUUGGUUGCUUGUAGCUGUCAAUCAGUACUGUUUGGCUCCACCUCUUCCUGCAGGAAGGGAGAGCUUCCUUUUUCUUCUUCAUUCUGCCAUCAGAGUUCAUGCCACAUGGAUGUAAGUAAAAGACUUGAUUCUAAAGGACCCUGAUUUAAAUUACCUCUUAGCAACAGUUCUGAGGUUUUUUACCCUUGGGACUCAUGCUUUAUGUCCAGAUCGUCCUGGAUAACAUUGAGGAGAUCCCAAGUGCCUUCAAGCCGGUUCUUUUGGCACCAAGGGAAGAUCCUGAGUCUUCAAAACAUAGGCCAUCUGAACUGGGGUUGUGGUUUGCUCCGGCAUUCACAGCCAUUGAGGAAAGAGGAAACUUGGUGAGGCUUCUCAGCUUCAAAUCCCUUGGACACAGGACUAAUUGAGACUGUAUCCUAUGUUUUCCUUCACCCCUCUAAAGUUUUCCAGCUCAUUGCUUUGAAGAAAUGACUUUGUGAUAAAUAAAACUUAUCUUGAGCUAUU